GAGUGAGUCGGUUAUUGUUCAGUGCAGUGGCUGUUUGAAACUCGCGGAUAACUUAUUUAUCACUUAGAUUAGAUACUUAAAGUGUGUUAUGUUUGUGAAUGUAAUUGUGCAGUGUUUUGUGUGUGUGUAAAAUUCACUUGGAACUUGGAACUUUUGAAGGCUUUUCCAUCUGGAACUUAGGUCUUCAUCAAAACAGCCAAAGUAUUUACAAAAAAAAUUCAUAAAGACGGAUAUUGGAGUAGAUAAAGAUGGACAGCCGAAGCAGUUGGUGUACGCGGCGGCAUCGCUGUAGGUGAAUAACGACCAACAUGGCUGGGACAUGGGCAUUCGCGGUGGUCGCCGCCGUCACGCUGGUGACCACUCGCGCCUACCUCAUACUCAUCCCCGACACCGCCCCACCGGGACACGAGGUCCUCGACGCCGCCGUAUACAAACUAGGCUCCGAACGAACUUACAACAUCGAUGUGCACAGAACAGCUAACUUCGUACAUCAUAUUCUCAGAGUCAAUAGAACCAGCGGCGUCGUAACUUUAAGAAAAAGGUUAAGAUGCGACGGAGUCCUCUAUCCAAACCUCUUCACUUUCUACGUAGACUCCACAUCGGAACGCAUCCGCGAUAUCGACUACUACAGUUUACCGAUAAGAGUCCUUGUAACUGGCGAGGACUGCAGUAGAAGGCACGCCGAUCUGUAUGAUAUAGAUUUCGAUCGGGUCUACGACCAAAAUGAUGCAGCACUACAGUACGAAGAUCAACUUAUCAGAGACAAAAGAGAGGCUAUAUAUCAAGAGAGUAUAGACUGGAGGUUGUUAGAGGGCGAUGAGGUCUCUAGUCAAUAUAAUGUCCUUUCAACGGCCUAUCCUUGGACGAACCUAAUGUUUGAGGACUUCGUAGCGAGAAAUAAAAGUAGAAGAAAACGAUCUCACAACCUAAUACCCUUCGAUAUGGCCAUAGAUGUAAAAAUAGCUGAAGCGAAGCAAUGGAUAUCGGAAACAUACGCUAGUUUCGCUAUCCCGACAACGGAUCGAUGGCAAGGGAUUUGUCUGAAGCAAUCGCAAUUCGUGAAUUCCCUCACAGCUUUCUUGCCUCGGACAGUUCAGAAGAUGUGCAAAGUGCAAUUUUUAGAUGUCAGUGAUCCGCGAUUCAUGAUUGAAGCAAGUCAGGGUGAUUUGGUUGCGAGUGGAGAUAUUUGUAUACAGGAACCAAUGUGGAAAGUCUCAAUAUUAUUUACUUUUAACUGCGACAAGAUCAAUAUAGUAGAUUCGGAUCAUAGACUGAAGAUAGUGUAUCAUCACCAAGAGCUUAAUGAUACUGAUAUUGCGAGGAGAGUGAAGAGGGAACUUCGGAACCAGUCACCAUAUUUUGAACAAGCAUUGUACGUAGCAUCAGUUGCUGAGGAACAACCACCUGGCGUUACCGUUACCACAGUAAGAGCUCGGGAUCCAGAAAACAGUCCAGUAACUUACUCCAUGUCGAGUCUCCUAGACUCACGGUCUGCGGGUAUGUUCGCCGUGGACUCCAGGACUGGAGUAGUAACCACACAAGCAAGGCUGGAUAGAGAGAGACUAGAUGUCCACUACUUCAGAGUAGUGGCCCAAGAUGAUACGUUCCCGCCUAGAAGUGGCACCACGACCUUACAGAUCAACGUGCUCGACUGCAAUGACCACUCCCCAGUCUUCGAAAUGCAACAGUACGAGUCUUCAGUGAGAGAAGGAGCCAGCCCGGGAACAACUGUCCUAACACUGAAAGCUACAGACCAGGAUAUUGGAAAAAAUGCUGAAGUGGAAUACUCAAUAGAAUCUGUAACAGCAGAAACAUUAAAUCCGGAAGAUACAAAUGAAUCUAUCGAUAAUACAGAACAGAUAGAUUCUCAGGAUGUGUUCCGGAUAGACGGGAGAAGUGGAGCCUUGCUGACGAGAUCACCCCUUGAUAGGGAGAAAGUGGCGCGGUACACUGUUAUAGUUAAGGCUACAGAUCAGGCCAGUCCUGUGUCUGAUAGACUGUCUAGCACUGCUACAGUCCACGUGAACAUUCUGGAUGACAACGACAACUACCCUCAGUUUAGUGAGAAGACAUACACUGUAACAGUGGACGAAGACAUCAGCGCUAAUGAUAACCCAGUCAUUGCAAGGAUCAAAGCUACGGAUGCCGACGUAGGAUCAAAUGCGGCAAUACGCUACGCUAUCAUCGGAGGCAACACACAGAUGCAGUUCUCUAUCGACAGCCUCAGUGGCGAUGUGUCGCUGGUAAAGCCGUUGGAUUACGAGCAAGUGAGGAGCUAUCGACUGGUCAUCAGAGCUCAAGAUGGCGGCAGUCCCUCCCGAUCUAACACGACACAACUUCUAGUAAACGUAAAGGAUGUGAAUGACAAUGCACCGAGAUUCUACACCUCACUGUUUCAAGAGUCCGUCAGUGAAAACGUUCCCGUUGGCUAUAGUAUAGUUAGGGUGCAAGCCUACGAUGCAGAUGAAGGUAUGAACGCGGAGAUAACAUACACGCUGACAGACAAGGAGUAUAACAAUAACAACGACUUACCCAUCAGCAUAGACCCGCGCUCCGGGUGGGUGUACACCUCGUCACAGUUAGAUAGAGAAGUGCAGGCCAAAUAUCAGUUAAUGGUAACAGCAACAGACGGUGGCUCCCCUCCUCGUUCAGCAACAGCCUCAGUAGUCGUGGUAGUACAAGAUGUAAACGACAACGACCCAGUGUUCUCUCCGCCACAAUAUGAAGUGGAGUUAGCUGAAGAUGAACCUCCCGGCACACCUGUUGUUACACUCACUGCUACUGAUGCUGAUGAAGAUAAUAGACUCCACUACGAGAUCACAGGAGGCAACACUCGCGGCAGAUUUUCAAUCACCUCACAAAAUGGUCGUGGUCUCAUCACAGUAGCCCAACCUUUAGACUUCAAACAAGAGAGACGAUAUGUUCUCACUGUUACUGCGACUGAUAGCGGCGGUAGAAGUGAUACGGCUAUGGUCCAUAUCAAUAUAACUGAUGCUAAUAACUACGCACCGGUGUUUGAGAAUGCUCCUUAUACUGCUUCGGUAUUCGAAGAUGCGCCAGUAGGCACAACAGUACUCGUAGUAUCAGCUACCGACAGCGACGUCGGAGUAAACGCUCAGAUCACAUACAGCCUUAGUUCAGAGAUAUCCAACGAAGCCGUCACUCAUCACGAUCAGGAGUUCGUCAUCAAUCCUCAAACUGGAGCCAUCACUACUAACAAGCUGUUGGAUAGAGAGACUAUGAGUGGGUACCUUCUAACAGUGACAGCAAGAGAUGGUGGAGUACCAUCUCUAUCGGAUACAACGGAUGUGGAAAUAUCUGUAGUAGAUGUAAAUGACAAUGCACCGGUGUUCAAACAACAGCUGUAUACUGCUACUAUCAUGGAAGAUGCUUUAGUUGGUACCUCUGUAACGCAAGUAAGCGCCACAGAUGCAGAUGUAGGUCUGAACGGACGCGUACAUUAUGAACUGGAACCCAAAGAUCGAGAAGAAGGAUCGUUUGUAGUAGACCCCGCUUCUGGAGUCAUAAGGACCAACAAGGCUUUGGAUAGAGAAUCGGUGGCGACAUACGACUUAAAAGCUUUGGCUAUUGAUGGAGGGACACCGCCUUUGAGUUCUACUGUAAUAGUCCACAUAAAAGUAGAAGAUAUAAAUGAUUCCCCACCGGUGUUCGAAAGCGACUGCCUCACAUUCUACAUUCCUGAGAACAGCCCCAUUGGAACAACUGUUGGAGAGAUUUACGCACACGAUCCUGAUGAAGGAGCCAAUGCUGUGGUACAUUAUUCUAUUAAAGGUGGCGAUGACUCCAACAGCUUCUCCCUAGAAACUCGCCAAGGUUCCGACAAAGCUGAACUAGUCACCAUGGUAGACCUGGACUAUGAAAGUCCUCGCAAGAAGUACGAACUCAUCAUCCGUGCAGCCAGUCCGCCACUAUGGAAUGACGUCAGAGUAGAAAUAUUAGUCACUGAUGUUAAUGACAAUGCUCCUAUGAUGAAGGAUUUUCAGAUUAUCUUCAAUAACUAUAAGGAUUGCUUCCCUGUUGGACCCUUUGGUAGGGUCCCGGCUUAUGAUGCUGAUGUUACUGAUAAGUUACAAUACCGCAUUCUUUCGGGUAAUAACGCAAACCUGGUGCUCCUAAAUGAAACAUCAGGAGAGAUGACACUAUCACCACAACUGAACACCAAUGUACCAAAACUCGCUACUAUGGAGAUAUCUGUUUCUGAUGGAGUAAACGAAGUAAAAGCCAUGAUGCAGCUAUCAGUCCGGCUCAUCACCGAAGAGAUGUUGUUCAACUCCAUCACCGUGCGACUGAAUGACAUGACGGCUGAACAAUUCCUGUCGCCUCUGUUAGGAUUCUUCAUUGAUGGGCUGGCGGCGAUCAUACCGUGUCCUAAGGAGAAUAUUUAUAUUUUUAGUGUUCAGGACGACACAGACGUAACUGGCAACAUACUCAAUGUAUCAUUCUCCGCUCGUCGUCCGGACGCUGAAGUCGGGGUAGCGGGAGACACCUCUCAGUACUACUCACCGACACACUUGCGGGAGCGAGUGUACUUACAUCGAGCCACAUUGGCCAGGCUUGCUACUGUACAGGUCCUACCAUUCGACGACAACAUCUGCGUGCACGAGCCGUGCCUGAACUACGAGGAAUGUCUGACGGUGCUCAAGUUCGGCAACGCUUCGGGCUUCAUCAACAGCGACUCGGUUUUAUUUAGGCCUAUAUACCCGGUCACCACUUUCUCUUGCCAGUGUCCUCAUGGGUUUACAGGCUCCCGAGAACAUUACAUGUGUGAUACAGAAGUGGAUCUAUGUUAUUCAUCGCCGUGCAUCAACAACGGUACUUGUGUGCGGCGUGAGGGAGGGUACACUUGCGUUUGUGCUCCUGGUUUUACAGGUGUAAACUGCGAAACAGUUCUAACAUCAGCAACAUGCGCCACCCAGUCUGCCGUCUGCCGGAGUGGCUCCCAAUGCGUCUCAGUUCGAGAAGGUGGCUUUGUGUGCCAGGGCUGUGCUAUAGAUGCUGAUCACACCACCCCACUAUGUGAACUGAGGGCUAGAAGCUUUCCUACUUCCUCGUUCCUGACGUUCCCUGGAUUGAAGAGGAGGAAUAGACUUCAUCUGAAGCUGAAGUUCGCAACCCAAUCUCCAAACGGCUUACUCCUCUACAACGGACGAUACAACGAGCGUCAUGACUUCCUCGCGCUCGAAACUAUUAGUACCGGCGCAGGAGUGGCCGGGGGUCCUGGCAUCAGGUUCACGUUUGCGCUCGGAGGGGGCAAGGUGGAUGUCACAGUGGCUAGUAAUGUGGCUGAUGGCUCGUGGCAUACUGUGGAGAUCGAGUAUUAUAAUAGAACUGCAACCCUGAUCCUGGACGAUUGCGAUAAAGCUCUAUCACUGGCCGGUGCAGCAGACUUCGGCAUCAAGUACGCUUGCGCUAACUUCUCCAGAAAGAUCUUACCGCCACGAUGUGAAAUCGCCACUGAAACAUGUCACAGAUUCCUAGACCUAACAGGCCCCCUCCAAAUCGGUGGUCUCCCCAACAUCCCAAGCAGUUUCCAGGUCAAAAACAAAGACUUCCAAGGCUGCAUAUCAGAUUUAUACAUCGACCACAAGUUUAUAGACCUCAACAGUUUCGUAGCAGACAAUGGGACCUUAGCUGGAUGUCCUGAGAAGAGGUCUCAAUGUAGUUCCGCGCCGUGUUAUAAUGGAGCCGAGUGCAAAGAUCUGUGGGAUACGUAUCUUUGUGAUUGCACUGAAGGUUAUACGGGGAAGGAUUGUGCUGAUUCUACAAACCCACCAUGGCGAUUCAGCGGUGACGGCAUGCUUUCGUUCAACCCACUACUGCGUCCAAUACAACUGCCGUGGCUCAACGCUCUGUCUCUGAGGACCAGACAACAGGACGCCUUCCUCAUGUCCAUACAAGUUGGACAGAACAGCACUAUACUGAUUACUCUAAAAUCCGGCCAUCUUCACUACUCUUACAACGGGGAAUCAAUGUACCUUCCCACAACUACCCUAUCUGACGGCGAAUGGCAUCGAAUCGACAUCAAAUGGCUUGGCACAGAUAUUUCCGUCAGUGUAGACUAUGGUCUAAGAACUGUAUUACUGCCUAUGUUAGCCAAUAAGAUCCAAGGACAGUAUAUAGGAAAGAUUCUGAUUGGUGGACCUGAUAGUACGGCAGGAUUGCUCGCGUCCGAAGUUGGGUAUUUUGAAGGAUGUAUUCAGGAUGUGAGAGUGGGAACAGCACAGUCGCUCCUCAACAGGCCAACUGUAAGGGAAAACGUUCGCGACGGCUGUCAGUCACGAGCUGACUGUAUGCUGUCUAUUUGUCCACCAUAUAGCACCUGCGAAUCCUCCUGGGACAGUACAGAAUGUGUCUGCGCUCGUGGUCGUUUAGGCCCGCAGUGUGCCCCCGCCUGUGACCUGCAGCCGUGCGGGGAACAUGCAGUUUGUACCCAUCAGGACACUGACAAGGGGUAUAGCUGUACCUGUGACGAGGGAUACAUGCUUACUGCAUCGGGUUGCGUAGAAACAGGCGUUGAGGAGUGUCCGGGAGGGUGGUGGGGCGGCGUGGCGGGGGUGUGCGGGCCCUGCCACUGUGACGUCACAAGGGGGUACCAUCCGCACUGCCAUGCUACUACCGGAGAGUGUCAUUGCAAGGAGAACCACUACAAGCCAGAAGGCAGCAGUGACUGCCUGCCCUGCCAGUGCUACGCGAUGGGGUCGGCGAACAGCUCGUGCGCGGGCGUGUCGGGGCAGUGCCACUGCCGCGCCGGCGUCAUCGGCCGCGCUUGUGACGCCUGCGCCAAUCUCUAUGCUGAAGUCGCGCCCAGUAGUGGCUGUGAAGUUGUCUAUGAUGGAUGUCCUCGCUCCUUCUCACAUGGCGUCUGGUGGCCGCGGACUAAAUUCGGUGUGGAAGCUGUAACAGACUGCCCUUCUGGUACAAGUGGUAAAGCAACGCGCAUGUGUGACGAGACUCAAGUCGUGCCUUGGCAGGAACCUGACAUGUUUAACUGCACCACAUCCACCUUCUAUCAGUUGAGGAAACAGCUAAGCAAAAUAGAAACCGGCGAGCUAUCAAUGAACACAUUCGUGGGAGUCCGAUUAGCAGCUGACUUGACCUAUGCUUGUGACAACACGGUCAAAUUAUAUGGAGCUGAUGUUCUGGUGGCAGAAGGGAUAUUACUGGAACUACUGCAGUAUGAGAUGAGGCAGGCUGGCCUGAAUCUGACGCAUAGCCAAGAUAAGGACUAUGUUAGGAACGUAAUAAAAUCUGCCAACACGAUCCUCGAUGCCCAAUAUGUCCAAGAAUGGAAUCGCAUUCGACAGUUAACAGGGCACGGCAUGGAGUUACUACUGCAGCGGUUCGACAAAUACAUAGCAGUUUUGGCUGAGAGCCAGCAUGACACUUAUACCAGUCCUUUUGAAAUCGUUACUAGUGAUUUGGUGAUUGGCGUAGACAUUGUAACAGCAGAAUCAAUCUACGGCUUCGAACCAACCCAACUGAACAGAUACAACAUCGACUCUUUCACCACUGAACGUGUAGUUCUACCCGACACCUCAUCCUUCAUACAUUCUCCCAUACAAACCCCCGUGUACCAUGCUAAUGGGAAGAUCAAUAAGCAUAGGAAACCUUCCAGUCCUACUGUGUCCUUCCCCAAGUAUAAUAACUAUGUGAAGAGCAAGAAUAAGUUCGAUAAGUAUACGAGGGUGUUGCUGCCGUUGGAUCUCCUUGGAAUCACUAAUAGUAAUAUUCAAGAAAAUCUAGACACAAACUACGAAUCCCGCGCCGUAUUCUCCUACCUACAAUAUUCGCGCAACACUUCCCAACUGAUGCCGCUGCGUAUGGACGAGUCCGUCACACAGCGGUGGGGGGUUAACAUCACUGUGGGAUCCCCUAUCAUACAGCUAGCGUUAUUCGUACCUGAGUACGUGUGGAGCAAGGAGGCUAGAGAGGAGGAUAACUCUUUGGAGAACAAUAUGGAGGAUGUUGAAGGUAUAGUCUACGCAAACAAAGGCAACCACCAAACUUUAAACAACCAUAUCAACCCGAACUCCCAAUCCAAAAACACAUGGCCACUCGACGAAAACCAAAACAACGAUAACCACGGUCCCGUAGUCAUAGAACCAACCUUCAAAAAGCAGGAAAAGUCAUUCAACGCCGAAGACUUACAAGAAAACGAGUCAUUAUACGUAGCUGAGAAGUUAGAAGGCAAUGAUGGACCAAAAGUAAUGGCUUUGGUAAUGGAAAGUGGGAACUUCACGAAGGAUGCUAUCAAGAAGAAGUUGAUGUAUAAAAGCUUGAGUGGCAUCAGGUUGAAGAGGCCGAUACGAUUGCAAAUGUGGCUCGAUAUUGAUAGGGAGACGUUCGGGUCUAGGACCAAUCCUCAGUGCGUGCAUUGGUCUACUUUGAGAGGGUCUGGAGAAUGGUCUCGCGUGGGUUGUCACACAGAGAUUGACUACGAUUGGUCGCCGUACUCCAACGAACCCCUUCUAAUUAACUGUACCUGCAGUCAUCUGUCCACCUUUGCAGUUCUGGUUGACGAAGUUGACAUAGAAUUCAUCCCAGAACCUUCACUCCUAGAAUCAGUAACAUCAUACACAGCGUUCAGUAUAUCCUUACCCCUACUGUUCGCGACAUGGGCAGCUCUUUGCCUGAUGCGGGGAGGUGCGGCCACUGUGUCCAACUCCAUACACAAACACCUCGUGUUCUGUAUGUUUAUGGCGGAAUUGCUGUAUCUGAUUGCGUUGAAGAGUAGGAACUCGCUGGUGCAGAAUGAGUUCGCAUGCAAGCUGGUAGCCAUGUCCCUCCACUACUGGUGGGUGUGUGCACUAGCCUGGGCGGCGUGCGACGGCUGGCAGCUGCGGCGCCUGCUGCGCGAGCUGCGCGACGUGAACCACGCGGGGCUGGCCGCGCACCACGCCGCCGCCUACGCCGCGCCCGCCGUCGUGCUGGCGCUGGCUGCCAGCCACCACCAGCAUCAGUACGGGAAUGCUCUAUUUUGCUGGGUAAGCUGCCACGAGCCGGUGGUCUGGUGGGUGGUGAUCCCGUCAGCGGUGUACGCGGGCGCCGCGCUCGUGUUCCUGGCCGGAGCUACUCGUGCCGCCUUCACUGUCAGAGAUCAUAUCAUCGGGUUUGGGAACUUGAGAUUACUUCUCGGCGUAAGCCUAGUAUGCACCCCACUAGCCUGCGCCGCAUGGGCUAGUGCCCUCCUGCUGGGCAGUGAGGCGGGAGCGCGGCGUGACGCGCUCAGUGCGGCGCUAGCAGCCGCCGUGGCAGCUCACGCCGCUGCUGCCAGUCUUGGGUACAUCGCCUUUAAUGUGCGAGUAAGGGACAAUCUACGAAGAACUGUACUAAGAUGUUUAGGCAAGAAAGUGCCUCUAGUCGACACAUCGGUCAUAAUCAGCAGCAGUGCUCAAAACUUGUCACAAGUCAAUAGGUCUGCCUUAGCAUAUCACAGUAGCACAGAACCAGGACGUCAAAUGAGGAACAUCGGCAUUUCAGCAUCAUCAACCACCUCUAGAUCUACUACUAAAACAAGUUCUAGUCCUUACAGUCGCAGCGACGGUCAACUGCGUCAUACGAGCACAUCCACCUCAAACUACAACACAAGCGCCAGUGAUAUGCCCGCGUACCUGAGAGGGUUUGACUCUUCUCUUCAUACUAGGAAAGAUGACGAAGGUCGCCGUCGUCGUAAAACAGCCACCGAUGGUGAAACAACAGGAGAAACUGGCGAGGAAGCCACGGAAGCUACCGACAGCGACAGUGAUGCGAGUGCGAGAAGUCUGGAUCUCGCCUCCAGCCACUCGUCUGAUGAUGACGAGACCAGCACUAGACGGUCCAGUCAUCCACCUUCUGCUAACAGGGAUCGAGCUACAAGCGGCAGUGCAGCGAGUUACCUGCCGAACAUAACUGAAGGAGCACCACUUGCUAUGCAACCAAGAUGGCCUUCGCAUAUAAGAGAAGAACCAAACCGUCCAGAAAUGGGCCGCUGGUCUCAAGAGACCGGUUCAGACAACGAGGGACUCAACACGGGGAUGGCGUCCCCCUCCCCCAACCCUCUGCCCAACCCUGACUUGACUUCUGAUGUGUACCAGCUCAGCAGACAUCGGAUGAAGCCCUCGAUAUUGGAGAAUGUGCAUGAUACGUAUGUGGCCAGUGUUGAUGCUUCUCGACUGCCACUUGAUAAUAGAUACGGCGUGAUGGAAGACGAACUAAUGUACGGAGUCCUUCCAACAGACACAGAGAAACAAAUGCCAUACGACCCUAACUACCCAAUAUCCCCCACCAUGUACCGACUGCCCGGCAACCCUUACGGGUCCAAAACUUACCUCCCCUCACGAACAUCAGACUACGGGUACAGCCCCACAAAAUACCUAAAUUCAGACUCAAACGUCUACGGGUCUAGAGACUUCAGAGACUCUGGGGUCUCUACUAGAGAACACGAUGGCUACCCGCCGAGAGAUUUCAGAGAUUCAGGCAUAGCCACCAUGUUGAAGAAUGACUAUCAAAGGAAGAUGGACAGCCAUUACGGAGACUAUAAUGAUAGGAUGUCGGAGGGAUCAGAUAAGCAUCAUGAUAAAUAUUUGUUCCCUUACACAGCUGAGGAAGACCACGCUCACUUGCGUGGGAUCAGCCAGCCACCGCCAGUCCGUAGUAGUGAGAUGGCACAUCCAGCUGAGAAUCAACAGCAGAUGGGGGCGCCAUUAGCGAGUAUGGGGGAGACGAGCGAGAAAUCUACUACUGAGGACGAUGCUGAGACGAGAGUAUAACAACGCUAAAUAGUACAAGAUUUCCAAUGAAUCUCAAUUAGUUAUUAAUUUAAUUUUAAACUUCUUAGUAACGGUAUAAAUUAGUAUUAAUUUACGCAAAGACUGUCGUUAAAUCAGUACCCACUGCCAUAGUGUAGAGUAACGAGUAUUUAUUUUUGAAUUUAUGUCUAUGCUUUAAAUAGUAACUAUAGUGGAACUGAAGUUAGAAUUAAAUGUUUUGAAUACUCAUUUUUUAUCGGGUUUAGCGUUUGAAAGUCUGCUCUUAGAUUAAAACUUAUAUGUCGACGAUAUUCUGAUAUCUCAAUUGGUGUAUGAAAAAAAAUACUCAAUAAAUGGACACAAUACAUAAGAACACAUACCUCUAUCGAUAUAGACGUGUAAAUACUAAUG